CCGGCCAGGCCAGUCGGGGGCGCGUCGAGAUGCUGCGGCUCCUGCUGCUGGCCUGGGCGGCCGCAGUGCCCACACUGGGCCAGGACCUCUGGGUCACCGAGCCCCGCGCCGCCUGUGGCCCAGGCAGCUGCUACGCACUUUUCCCUCACCGCCGCACUUUCCUGGAGGCCUGGCGGGCCUGCCGCGAGCUGGGGGGUGACCUGGCCACUCCACGGACCCCUGAGGAGGCCCAUCGCGUAGAAAGCCUGGUGGGCGCCGGCCUGGCCACCCAGCUGCUGUGGAUUGGGCUGCAGCGGCAGGCCCGGCAAUGCCAGCCGCAGCGCCCACUGCGUGGCUUCACGUGGACCACGGGGGACCAGGACACUGCCUUCACCAACUGGGCCCAGCCCGCCACCGGGGCACCCUGCCCAGCCCAGCGCUGUGUGGCCCUUGAGGCGAGUGGCGAGCAUCGCUGGCUUGAGGGCUCAUGCACACUGGCCGUUGAUGGCUACCUGUGCCAGUUUGGCUUCGAGGGUGCCUGCCCGGCCCUGCCGGAUGAGGUGGGCCAAGCUGGCCCAGCUGUCUACACCACACCUUUCCACCUGGUCUCCACGGAGUUUGAGUGGCUGCCCUUCGGUUCAGUAGCUGCAGUGCAGUGCCAGGCUGGCAGUGGAGCAUCUCUGCUCUGUGUGAAGCAGCCAGAGGGUGGUGUGGGGUGGUCACAGGCUGGGCCCUUGUGCCUGGGGACUGGCUGCGGCCCAGACAACGGGGGCUGUGAGCAUGAAUGUGUGGAGGAGGUGGAUGGCCAUGUGUCUUGCCGCUGCUCUGAGGGCUUCCGGCUGGCAGCGGAUGGGCACAGCUGCGAGGACCCCUGUGCCCAGGCCCCGUGUGAGCAGCAGUGUGAGCCUGGUGGGCCACAAGGCUACAGCUGCCACUGUCGCCUGGGUUUCCGGCCAGCUGAGGACGAGCCCCACCGCUGUGUGGACACGGAUGAGUGCCAGAUUGCCGGGGUGUGCCAGCAGAUGUGUGUCAACUAUGUUGGUGGCUUCGAGUGCUAUUGCAGCGAGGGUCACGAGCUGGAGGCUGAUGGCAUCAGCUGCAGCCCAGCAGGGGCCACGGGCUCCCAGGCUUCCCAGGACCUUGGAGAUGAGUUGCUAGAUGGUGGAGAGGAAGAAGAGGAUGAAGAUGAGGCCUGGGAGGCCUUUGAUGGCGGCUGGACAGAGCUGCCUGGGUUCCUAUGGAUGGAAUCUACACAGCCACCUGAUUUUGGCCUGCCCUACAGACCCAGCUUCCCAGAGGGCAGAGAGCCACGGAUACCCUACCCAGAGCCCACCUGGCCACCCCCACUCAGUGCCCCUAGGGUCCCCUACCACUCCUCAGUGCUCUCUGUCACCCGGCCUGCAGUGGUCUCUGCCAUGCGCCCCACACUGCCCCCUGCCAAGCAACCUCCUAUGAUCCCUGCCACACACUCAGCUCUGCCCCCUGCCCACCAGAUUCCCAUGAUUGCAGCCAACUAUCCAGAUCUGUCCUCUGCUCAUAAACCCGGAAUUACUUCUGUCACUCACCCAGCACAGCCCUCUGCCCACCAGCCCCCCAAGAUCUCAACUGAAGACCCUGAAUUGUCCCCUGCCCACCAGUCCCCUAGGUUCCCAGAUACCCAGGUUGCUGGAGACCAGACCACCACACACUUGCUUCAAAUUCCAGCCAACCAUCCCCCCCCGGUCACCACCCCCAGUGCCCAUAGAUCACCUCUGGCCCCAGAUGUCCCUGUUCUCAGAACACAGUCCACCCAGCUUCCCAUUAUCUCAGCCAACCAGCCCUCUCUGACCACCUCCAGGUCCCCUAUGCUCCCGGCUCACCAAGUCCCUAUGUCUACUGCUACUCAGCCCCCUCCCCUGCCCUCUCACAGCUCCACUAACCAGACCUCACUCAUCAGCCCUAUACAUCCCCAUUCCAACGCCCCCCAAAUCCCAAGGGAAGGUGGCUCCAGUCCUAAUUUGGCCCCCUGGCUGCCCUCAGUGGCCCCCACAGCAGCCUCAACAGCCCUGGGGGAGGCUACUCUGGCAGGCCGCAGCCAGAGGGAUGACAGGUGGUUGCUGGUGGCACUCCUGGUGCCAACAUGUGUCUUCUUGGUGGUCCUACUUGCAUUGGGCAUUGUGUACUGCACUCGCUGUGGCCCCCAUGCGCCCAACAAGCGCGUCACUGACUGCUAUCGCUGGGUCACCCACGCUGGGAGUAAGGGACCAACGGAACCCAUGCCUCCCAGGGCCAGCCUCCCAGGGGUGCAGACCUGCAGAACCAGUGUGUGAUGGGGUGCAGACCCCCCUGUGGAAUAGGGAGUAGGGGUGUGUGCUGGACACAUGGCCGAGGCUGCAUGAGGGACCCAUGGGGGCUGCCCAGCUGGACAGAGGGCUUCCUGCCCCCAGGGCCCAGCCAGGCUUCUCUCUCAGUCAACCAUUAGACUUGGCUCUUGGAAACUCUCCUCCCUGGCCCAGCACUUCUGACAGAGGAUACACCAAGGCCCCCAGGACCUCAGGGGGUGGGUGCUGGGGUCUUCUCCAAUAAAGGAGGUGCCAACCU